AUGAUGAACGUCGUGAAGUUGAAUGGCAUCAAAGUCUAUAAUUUAACCACUGAUAGAUCUCUGCCAGAGUGGGCCUCAAGAGCCGAAAAAAGAAAACUGCUGGCAAAGGAUCCUGGGGCAGAAAAUCAUAUCGAGUUGAUUCAUGAAUUAGAAAUGCCUGAUGCGUCGACGUUUAUAACCUGCUCACCGGAUCAGAAGUACCUUUUCCUUCUCGGCCGUUAUAAGCCUCGUGUUCGUUGCUACGAACUUGGAAACCUUUCUAUGAAAUUUGAUCGUUGCGUUGAUUAUCUUCCUACGCGAAUGACAUGCUUGAGCGAUGACUACUCAAAGUUCGCAUUGUUGGAAGAAGAACGCUGGAUUGAUGUGCAUGCAGCUGGUGGCCAUCAUUUCCGUUUUCGAGUUCCGCGACCUGGUAUUGAUAUACAUUACACUUCAUCCAAAUGUCAUCUCCUUAUUCCGUCUAUCGGUGAUGCUGUUUAUCGGAUGGAUUUAUGUGAAGGCAGGUUUGCCGCUCCUUUAUUAUCCUCCUCUUCUAAUUUAUCAAAUAGCUACAAUGCAAGCUGCUAUAUGCCAGAGCUUGAUGUCCUCCUCUCUGGUACGACUAGAGGUGUUGUUUACGGCUGGGAUCUACGAAGUGGAGAAUGGACUUUUAAUCUUGAUGUGUGUUCUUCAGCUCCAAGACCAUCGGAACUGAAAACUUUUGCCCGUUUUUCCUGCUCAAAUCUUACUCACAGAGAUCCACUUAAUUUUGCUGUUGGUACAGCCGAGGGUCUAGUACAUAUUUAUGACAUCCGUCAAACUACAAGUCCAUUGCACACCAGGGACACCGAAUACAGACGGCCAAUCAAGACGAUCAGUUUUCACGAUGACAAGGUUUUGGCAGUGGUCGCUCAUUGUCUAAAAAUCUGGAACAUCGACACUGGAAAAACCUUUGUGGGAUUCGAAACUGGCCCCUUCGAUAUAAACUGGAUGUAUCACUUUCCGAAGAGCGGGCUUAUUAUGCUUGCAAACGAGUCACCAAAAGUUUCGCGUUACUUCAUACCCCUGCUUGGGGAAGCACCACACUGGUGCAGCUAUCUCGACCAGCUGAUAACUGAAGUCGAACCUGAUGUAAUGACUAUGUACGACGGGUAUAAGUUCCUAACAAGACAGCAGUUGCUCGAAUGUGGUAUGAUGGACCUGGUUGGCACUCGGUUCUUGCGCGCAUAUAUGCACGGAUACUUCGUUUCAAAUAAACUUUUUAUGAAAAUUCAGGAGAAGAUCAAUGCAACUAUCCCUUACGCGAGAUCUGUCACUCCAACUAACAUGCAAACUGUUGCGAAAAAAGAGGAGAAGCAGGCGAUAAUCGCACUGGAGAUGGAGGAGGCAGCCGAAGAUAAGCGGUUCUCUAAGUUAAAGCUUUCCAAAAUGACUUGUGAUCCUGCCAACUCGGAAUCUGACCUAAUCCGAAUCCACCAGGCUCGGUUGGAGAAAAAACGACAAAAAAAGGAGCUUCGCAAGGCGAGAGCAACACGUGCCAACGCUCUCAUUCAGGGAAAGGACUAG